AUGACCGGCGGCGACAACUCCUUUUCCAAAACCAUAUGCUCCAUCUGCUACGAAGAUCUGAAACCCAUUGUCGAAGAUCUCCAAUCCAUCUCCAUUUGCGGCCAUGUCUUCCACGAGCUAUGUCUGCAGCAGUGGUUUGAAUACUGUUCAAGUUCUACAAAGAAGUACAAUUGUCCUGUGUGCAAGCAGAUUUGUGUUGGGCACAAUGCGACUCGUCUUUAUUUCCAAUCAGUUGGAGAUCAAUCCCAAUCGUUAUGUUCCCAAAAGUUGAUCGAUCGCGAGGAAGAUGCGGAGUCAUUACGCAUUGAAGUGAAGAGGUUGCUGGUCAAAGUUUCGGGGCUUAGUUCAGCUUUGGAACAUCAAGAGAAGGAACACAAUCAGAUCAACGAGGAGCUGUGUCUUUGCAAGGAGCAGAUGAAGCGGGAAAUGGCCUUGAAAAACGAGGCCUUAAGAGAAAAGGCAUCCAUUCAACAAAGGCUCAGUUCUAAAUCAGAGGAGCUUAGUAAAUCAAAUUCGGAAUGUUCAAGGCUGGAGCAAAGGAAUUUGGCACUAGCCAAGGAACUUGCUGUACUAAAAUUAGUGACAGAUUUGGAUCUGGAGCAAGACGAAAUGUUAAAGCUUGCCUCACUAGGUAAUGAAGGGAGCAGCCAAGAUGUUGUAGAUAAUCUUAUUAGGUCAUUGUCCUGUCACAAAAAGAGUUAUAAAGAAUUGAUGGCUAAGUGCAAUCUUCUUGGUAGAGGUGAAGCUCGUUUGCAGAAGAAACUUGAUAAAGCAAAAGCAAAGAUAGACAAACUGAAAAAAAGAGUCCAGGAACUGGAUGCACUGAUUGAAGUGAAAGAUAAUGAAGUCUUGAGGGCUCUUAAAGCUUCUAAGACUGAUAGUGAAGGGGGUUUUUUGAUCUUGGAUGGCAAUUCUGAUUCUUCAAAUGCCAAAAUUUCUUCAAAAGAACAGCUGAUGCAACGACCUGUUUUACCUUCAAAUAACUUGGAUGUGAGUGCAAUAUCACCCAAACAUUUACCAAGUUCAUUGAAAAAAAACAUCCCUCUUGAUAGUCCUAAGGCUGCCAAUUAUGGUAGAGAAGGAUGUUCAAGUAUUGCGGUUCCCGUUGGAGAGAGAAACAUGGCUGAGGAUCGGUACAUUUAUUCAAGUCCUGAUUUGAAGUGUCAAAAUCGUGAGCAUAUUGCUCAAGAUUCUGCAACACCAAUGCCGAAGCCAGUGUCUGAUAUUUAUGUGGAAGCUGCGACAGUGGUUGGGUUUUCAGGAUCAAGAACUUGUUCAAAUAUUGAUGAUAGUGCCACAGUUGCUUCUUCCCUAAAGCCCAUAUUCAACAUUAAAACUGCAGCUCCUUCAAUUAUACUUUCUGAACAAGGGAAUAUUUGUUUCUCUGGUGGGUUGCUAGGUCCUGAUGGAACAAGGCGACAUUUAGGAAAAUGGUGCAAGCGAAGUAAAAUGCUUGGUUCAAUGCACGCAGAAGGUUCAACUAAAAAUAGUGGUGAUUUAAUUGCUGUUGGUGCUGAUGGAAGAGGUGGUAAAAUUAAGGUUUUGCGAUCUGUGAAUCAAUCUUCUCUGGAUAAUAAGGAGAACUCAGUUAGCAUAAAGAGAUUAAAAUGUGAAGCCAAACAAAAUACUUUGCAGUCUCAAGGAUGUUUGCAGAUAGAGCACUUCUUUGGAAAGGCUCGCCACUAAUUGAAAGUUGAAGGCACAUCCCAUGGUAAUGCGCCAGCUGGAACUACUUGUGAAUAAUG